AUGGUUACCAGUCUAGGCCUUCACUUACAUACUGCAGGGGUCGAUCUCAGUCCUAUUCAACCACUAUGGAUACCGCCAAAUUGUCGAUUUGAAGUUGACAACUACGAGCUAUCAUGGCCCUAUAAUGAACCGUUCGACUACAUUCACGGCCGCGAGCUAGAAGGGGCCAUUCGCGACCACAAGCAAUUAUUCCGCCAAGCCUUUGACAACCUCAACCCAAAUGGAUGGUUUGAGAUGGCUGCUUUUGAAGUCAAUACCAUGUCAGAUGAUAAUACACACCUCAAAGCGACAUGUCUGCUGAGCAGCAUCAGCAAUAUACAUACAUCAUCGAAGAUAUUUGGAAAAGAUAUGACUUCUGUCUCCUCGUGGAGAAGGUGGAUGAUAAAAGCCGGAUUUGUGAAUGUCAAAGAAGAUGACACCUCGCUGAUCGCAAACAAGCUUCCCCAAGGCCCAUGGUCUCCAGACUCCAACCUCCAAGAGCUUGGGAGAUACCAUCAACUUAACAUGCUCGAGGGGUUAUCGUCAUACACAUACGCACUAUUCACACGCGUGCUUGGAUGGCAACGUAUUGAAAUUGAAGCCCUGUUAGCAGGAGCUCGACGCGAAUUGAAACACCAUCUAAUCACUUGUAUACACGAGCGUAUAUUGUGUACGGGCAAAGACCGCCGUAUUGCCCAAAGAAAUAGCAUCCAUGCAAAGUGA